GGACGUUUCUUUCGGAGAAGCUAAGCUAGCUCUAAACCCAACACCUCUCUUACGCUGCUGAAACCCUAAAACCCCAUUUUCACCCACACAUGCGUGGAUCUUUCCUCUCCUUUUUCUUCGAAACCCUAAUCUUCGCCCCCGUUUAUAUUAUUUAUCGAUCCUUCGUACCCCCAAAACUCUCAAUAGCACUCUCUCCCUCUUUCUUCUGAUUCUCGCUUCACAAUUUUCCAACCGCGUUUCUGUUAACAUCUGCAGGGCUAUAUCAUUAUUGAAAUUUUGUGAAGUGCUUCACCUGUGUUAAGUUUUCGUAUAAUGGCUUCUUCCUUGGAUAUGUCACUUGAUGAUAGAAUAAAGAACAGAAGUAACAGAGGAGGUAGAGGUAGAGGAGGACGUGGCAGAGCCCAGUCUGGCCGUGGGCUAAGCGGGUCUCUUAAUGGUGGAAGAAUGGCCGGUGCUGUUAAUGGUAGAAGAAUGACUGGUGCUGGUAAUGGUGGAAGAACAUCUGGUGCUGUUCGUAGAGGUCCUCUUAUGGUUAACACUCGGCCAUCAUCAUAUGCUAUUGCCAAGUCUAUUCGCAGAACUAGGCCAUUUCCAUGGCAGCAUGAUUUGUUUGAAGAUAGCUUAAGAGCUGCAGGAAUUCAAGGAGUAGAAGUUGGCACCAAGUUAUAUGUUUCCAACUUGGAUCAUGGAGUAACCAAUGAAGACAUAAGGGAACUUUUCUCUGAGCUUGGAGAGUUGAAGCGUUAUGCUGUUCAUUAUGACAAAAAUGGACAUCCAAGUGGUUCGGCUGAAGUUGUUUAUACUAGAAGAAGUGAUGCAUUUGCUGCUCUUAAACGAUAUAAUAAUGUGCUUCUGGAUGGAAAGCCCAUGAAGAUUGAGAUUGUUGGUUCCAAUGCAGAAUUGCCCGUAAGUGCUCGGGUGAAUGUCACUGGGGUGAAUGGACGUAGGAAGAGGACUGUUGUAAUGACUGUUGUCGUUUUUGGGUGCAGAUUUGAUAGACAACCAAGACGCAUCUUACUACCCCUAUUUUUGCCUAGAGGUGGACCAGCUGGAGGUCGUGCUAUUCCUAAUCGUGGUGCUGGUUGGGGACGUCGUGGUGGCACAAGGAGUGGCAAUGGUCGGGGUAGAGGUGGUGGAGGUCGUGGUCGUGGCAACGGUCGAGGUGGAGGUCGAGGCCGUGGUAGAAAAGACGCCGUUGAGAAGUCAGCAGCAGAACUUGACAAAGAACUGGAGACCUAUCACGCUGAGGCCAUGAACAUCUCUUGAACUCGGAAGCCUCAGCUUAUUUUGUGUUAAGAUUUGGUUCCCUGUACAAAAGUUCGUUUCGUUGGUGUUACUUUAAAUCUCUUGCUGCUCGGUGCUUUUAAACAUGCCAUCUGAUUUCACCUUAUUUUAAGUCUUGUUAGAGAGGCCGAAUGAUCGACCUAGGGAUUUUCAAUUUCAGUUAUAGAUUUUAGUUUUAUUUGCGUUUUGUUUUUAUAUUAUUGUAACUGAAAAUUUCAAAUGUUCACUGUUUGAAUGUUAUUUCUUUCUAGUUGACGAGAAUAGUGAUAAUGAGCUUGAGACAA